AUGGAUAAAGUCAAAAGAUACACAAAAGAUGUAAAAAUAGGAGAAGGAACCUAUGCAGUGAUUUACAUGGGAAAAGAGUAUCUUGUGAAUCCAGCUGACGCAUCUUCUGAAAUAAUCACAGAAACACCUCCACAUAAUGCACUUCCGGGUAGGCAGGUGGCUAUAAAAAGAAUUAAAAAAGAUGCAACACAAUUAGACAUAGAAAUGGCCACAUUAAGAGAGAUAAAAUACUUAAACUAUCUAAAAUCGGAGUAUGUAAUUGAAUUAUACGACACAAUUGUGCAAGACAGGCACAUCCACUUGAUAUUGCCGUAUAUGGACAGCAAUCUCGAGGUUAUAAUCAGAAGUAAAAAACUUAUAUUUAUGCCACAAGAUGUAAAAGCAUGGAUGCUUAUGAUUUGUAAAGGAUUACAAGAAUGCCAUUCUCGUUUUAUUAUACAUCGUGAUAUUAAACCAAAUAACAUACUUGUAAAUAAAAAUGGAGAGCUAAAGCUAGCAGAUUUUGGAAUAUCUAUAGACAUAGGAUUUCCGUUGCGUAUGAUGACACCUAACGUAGUGACUCGGUGGUAUAAGGCGCCUGAAAUUCUUUUAGGGUGUAACAAUUAUACAUUUGCUGUAGAUAUAUGGGCACUUGGUUGUUUAUUCGCUGAACUAUUACAGAGAAGCCCCUACUUGCCCGGUAAAUCAGAUGCCCACCAAUUAGAAUUAAUGUACACCUCAAUUGGAACGCCCACGGCUGAAGAAUGGGAAGAAAUAGGCCAUAAAAAAGAAGGACUAGAACUGCCUGCGCAUAUACCUAGAUGUAAUUUUUCAUUGUGCUUUGGAGCAGCAGGCUCUGAUGCAAUUGAUCUGUUAAAUAGAAUGCUUGUGUAUGUUCCCAGUAAAAGAAUAACAAUAAGUGAAAUAUUAAACCAUCCCUAUUUUACUAAUUCCCCUGCACCAACCCCUCCACACCAACUCCCAUUUGAUUCAAUAUCACCAGGCGAGUAA